AAAAAAUGCCUGAACCUGCAAAGUCCGCGCCCAAGAAGGGCUCCAAGAAAGCCGUGACCAAGACCGCCGGCAAGGGCGGCAAGAAGAAGAGAAAGACCAGGAAGGAGAGCUACGCCAUCUACGUGUACAAGGGCGGCAAGAAGAAGAGAAAGACCAGGAAGGAGAGCUACGCCAUCUACGUGUACAAGGUGCUGAAGCAGGUCCACCCCGACACCGGGAUCUCCUCCAAAGCCAUGAGCAUCAUGAACUCGUUUGUCAACGACAUCUUCGAGCGCAUCGCUGCCGAGGCCUCUCGCCUGGCCCACUACAACAAGCGCUCCACCAUCACGUCCAGGGAGAUCCAGACCGCAGUGCGCCUGCUCCUCCCCGGUGAGCUGGCCAAGCACGCUGUGUCUGAGGGCACCAAGGCCGUCACCAAGUACACGAGCUCCAAAUAAACUGGAUCUCAGACGUCAACACAACGGCUCUUUUCAGAGCCACACACUUUAUACUGACGAGCAUACUUCCUAUUGUUCAACAUGCGGUUACUAUGUUGCCAAAUACUUGAAUCGCGGAUGUGGACCUUUGUGUCACUGGGUGGUAUU